CAAUAUCUAAGUCGGUCUAGCAAACCUAACACUAUAUUAACAGCGAAACCCUAACCCUAAAACUUUCUAUUCGUUGCGCUGCUUAUUAUCAUCACCACCGCUUCUAUCGAACUCGGGGAGCAACAGCAGAAGCAGCAACAACUCAAGAAGCCGCCAUGGGUAAGGUUCACGGAUCUUUGGCUCGUGCUGGUAAGGUGAGAGGCCAAACUCCUAAAGUGGCAAAGCAGGACAAGAAGAAGAAGCCACGUGGUCGCGCUCACAAGAGGAUGCAAUACAAUCGCCGUUUUGUCACUGCUGUUGUGGGAUUCGGUAAGAAGAGAGGACCCAACUCAUCUGAGAAGUAAAGUGUGUGACAGAGGGAUAAGUGUUUAGUUAUGUAGGUGUGAUCUGGAUUAUUCAUUUUUGUGUUUCAAGUGUUAUCAUACUCCAGUCAGCAUUGGAUAUUAAAUUCUCAAGACUAUUGUUGAGCUUAUGCUCUUUUUUUUUUUUUAUAAUUAGAAUUAUGUGACUUUUGUUUU